ACCGGGAUCCCCAACUUCUAUGGGUCAUACUCAAUGGAUUUUACUCACCCUGACGGCCGUCAUUGCACAGUACGACUGAUACUUAUUGAGCUCGUUGAUGGGUGUACAAUGAAUACCCUGGACCCAAAAAGCCUGUCACAACUGGUCCGGAAAGCCAUCAUGGAACAAAUUAUCACUGUGGAGUCACGUGUUUACGAGAUUGGGGUUGAUCAUUUCAAUACAUAUCCGCGGAAUGUCCUGAUAGAAGGAUUGGAGAUGGGUCCGUCGAGAGUGCAUAUCAAGUUGGUUGAUUUCGGCCAUGCAAAAAUCGGCCGAUCUCCUCAUCCAGAACAAAUUCCGGAGAGUCAUUAUCUCGGGGGGACAUCCAUUAGCCCGAUUCUGAGGUGGACUACAGAUGGUGAAAGAGAGCCCAUGGAUAGCUACGAUGAGUGGGUGGAUUGGGACUGGAAUGAGUGGAUU